CGACACUAGUCAUCACAGAGCGCCAUGGCACAGACACUAGCGGAAGCCUUCAAGCAAGGAGCAGACAAGUCAGCAAAUGGCCUAGCUGUGAUCAUUCCGAAUGGCGGCCCUCAAUUCACCUACAAGCAACUUCAAGCGGUUGUAGAUGAUUUUCAGCAGCAGGUUGCUGACAUUGGUCUCAGUCAAGGUGACGCCGUGUCUAUGGCCCUGCCGAAUGGUUUGGAGUUCACGGUGGCCUUUUUGGGUUCAUGUGCGCAACGUGGUAUCGCUGCACCACUCAAUCCUGCAUACAAGAAGGCCGAGUAUGAAUUUUACAUUGACGACUUGAAGUCGAAGCUCGUCUUGGUUCCUCGUGGCUUUGUUGCAAAGGACGACGCUGCAGUACAGGCGGCCAACAAGUUUGGCGUUGCAGUUGCUGAGGUAUACUGGGAUGGUCGACAUGUUCAGGUUGAUUUGAAGACAAAGGGCAAAUUUGAGGGUCGCAAGAAGUCCAUCAACAAGCCCCAUGGAGAUGAUAUUGGCCUGGUUGUACACACGUCUGGUACCACGGGCCGUCCCAAAGCGGUGCCUCUUCUGCAGCGUAACUUGACGAGGACCAUGACCAAUAUUGUCAAUACCUACAAGUUGACGCCUGAAGACCGCACAUUGCUUGUGAUGCCCCUCUUCCAUGUCCAUGGACUACUUUGUGGUCUCCUUGCCACAUUUCUAGCCGGUGCCUCGGCCAUUAUUCCCGACAAGUUCUCAGCCGGUACCUUUUGGCGUGACUUUACAGAGCACAAGGCCAAUUGGUACACAGCUGUACCGACUAUGCAUCAAAUCUUGCUGCGAACAGCGCUUCCAAAGACACUUCCCAAGAUUCGCUUCAUUCGCAGUUGUUCAUCGGCCCUGGCACCUUCAACACUGCACGAGCUGGAAAAGACAUUCAAAGCUCCCGUUCUUGAAGCCUAUGCCAUGUCAGAAGCUGCGCAUCAAAUGACAAGUAACCCACUACCGCCACUUUCCCGUAAACCCGGUAGUGUGGGUAUCGGCCAAGGUGUCGAAGUUGCCAUCCUGGAUCUUGCUGGCAAAGUACUGUCUGUUGGUCAGGAAGGUGAGAUUUCCAUUCGUGGAGCCAAUGUCACACCUGGUUACAUGAAUAACGAUAAGGCAAACAAGGAAUCUUUUACGGCUGAGGGAUGGUUCAGGACUGGUGAUCAAGGUAAGCUUGACAAUGAAGGCUAUGUCUUCAUCACAGGUCGCAUCAAGGAACUCAUCAACCGCGGUGGAGAGAAGAUUUCGCCGAUUGAACUAGAUGGAGCAUUGCUUUCCCAUCCUGCCGUUGGCGAAGCAGUAGCAUUUGGCAUUCCAUCGGACUUUUAUGGUCAAGAAGUGGCAGCUGUUGUGGUUCUCAAGGAUGGCCAGAAGGCCACUGAGAAGGACUUGCAGGCGUUCAUGACUGAAAAGGUUGCCAAGUUCAAAGUGCCAAAGGUGAUUUACUUUACAGAUGCGAUUCCCAAGACUGGAAGCGGCAAGAUUCAACGACGUGUGGUUGCUGAGAAGAUGCACAAGCCGACCAAGUCGAAGUUGUAGGUUUCUUAGGCUUUUCUGGGAUAUAUAGGGCAUCUCUGCUGUAUCAAUUGUCAGUUCAUAGACUCCGCCCUGGCCAUGGAGAGUCGCCGUCUUGAAAGUUGAACUUCAACCGUGACGCACAAACAAACCACAGAAUAAACUACAGACUACCUGACCAUGACGGCCCAAGGAAAGCGCAAGAAGCAGAGCACAGCAUCAUCCGUCAAGGACAUUCCAGAUGAUACAGCAACCAUUGCCAGCAAUUUCUCCGAUGACGGCCACGAAAGCGCCCGCAAGCGACUCAAGCAAGCGACCCAUGAAGAAAUCAAAGCGGCUGUGCAGAACGUGACAAACGCUACACCGAAUAAUGGACCAGUGACGGAGCAGGCAGAGCGAUGGUAUCACAUUAAUGACCCACCCACCGAUCGUCCUGUUCGUGUAUACGCAGACGGCGUCUUUGACUUAUUCCACCUUGGG